AUGGAAGGUCUUGUGAAUACCGAGGACAGGAUCAGUCACUUGCCUGAAGCUCUGCUUCUGCAAAUAUUGUCUUUACUUCCAACUAAAGAUGUCGUAGCCACUAGUGUUCUGUCUAAGCAAUGGAGGUCUGUUUGGAAAAUGGUGCCUAAACUCAAGUUUGAUUAUAAAAGCAAUCGGAGUAAGCACGAGACAUUUUCAGGGAUUGUCUGUAGGCUUUUGCUUUCCCACAAAGCUCCGGUUUUAGAGAGUUUGCAUAUCAAUUUCAGUCCAGACGAUAUUGAUGCUGCGGAGAUUGGAAUGUGGAUUGGAAUCGCAUACGCAAGCCAAGUGCGUGAGCUUGUGCUCGAUGUUUACUCUGACAAAGGGUCGUCCUUCAAAUUUCCUCCAAGAUUGUAUAACUGCGAAACACUAGAGACCUUUGACACUCAAGACUUGGGUCCUUGUACAUGUCCCUUCUCAGGCUUGCCUCAAGUCCCUUAA